AUGGAGGAAAUGAAAGAGAAUAUGAGAAGGGCGAAUCCGAUAGAAGAUUUGGUUCACAGAACUGAUUCCCCCUUUACGGCUUCCAUCAAUGGUCACCCCCUAUCAUCAAAGUUCAAGUUGCCUUCUCUGGAUUCAUAUGAUGGAACACGUGACCCGUUUGAUCACAUAGCCACUUUCAAGACCAUCAUGCAUCUUCAAGGGGUGCCUGAUGAGAUAAUGUGUAGAGCCUUCCUUACCACCCUUAAGGGUCCGGCGCGAGUUUGGUUCAGCAAAAUACCCCCAAAUUCGGGAGAGAACGAGAGCCUUCGGUCAUUCAUCACCCGUUUCAACAGAGAAGCCCUUAGUGUGGAUGAAGCAGAUGAUAAACUCCUAUUGGUGGCCUUCCAUAAUGGGGUGAAUUCGGAUCUGUUCAUACACAAACUCUAUGAAAAAGAGCCCCAGUCCAUGGCCGAACUCGUCCAUUCGGCUCAGAAUUUUAUGAAUGCAGAAGACGCGAUCAUUGCUAAGAAGAGGAAGAGGUCUGAAAGAAUGGACGCAAAUCCCAGUCGCCAUCACGAGCAAGGUACUCGUCCAAAGAAGGGACGGACGGAGGAAAGGAGAGACCGAGAAAGUAAGAAGCCAGGCCCUUCAGUACGGAACCAGCAAUAUACCCCUUUAAACGCUCCACUUGAGCAAGUCCUUAUGCAAAUCAAGGAUGAUCAUUUCCUGAAAUGGCCAGAGAAAAUGAAGGGAGAUCCCAACAAGCGCAAUAGGAACAAGUAUUGUCGCUUUCAUAGGGAUUAUGGUCAUGACACAGACGAGUGUUUUGAUUUAAAGCAACAAAUUGAAAAUCUUAUAAAGUAA